CGGCGGCUCCGGCGCUCCCCAGGCGCGGCCCCGCGGGGCUCUGAGCUGAUGAUGGAAGAGGUGCACAAGGGCAGCAGCAGCAGCUCUGUUCCGUCCCAGCCCUCAGCUGUACAAGGUACAACCCUCCAGGCAGCUCAGCUCUCUCAUAUUGCUCAACAGAUGUCUCUCAGAGGUUCUGCUCCCCUCACAGUGGUUCAGCUUCCUGGAGAGCAAGUCCAGGUCCAGGGAGUCAUCCAGACAGCUCAGUCCUCCUCUGUCAUCCACUCCCCUCAGGUGCAAACCGUGCAGGUUUCUUCCUUGUCUGAGAGUGAGGAUUCUCAGGACUCCUCAGACAGCAUCGGCUCCUCGCAGAAGGCUCGAGGCAUCUUGGCUCGUCGUCCAUCCUACCGAAAAAUUUUGAAAGAUCUUUCUUCUGAAGAUGCACAGGAUAGAAAAGGAGAUGAGGAAAGCCCUGGGGUCUCCACUGUCACCUCCAUGUCCGUUCCCACACCCAUCUACCAGACAAGCACUGGACAGUACAUCGCCAUCGCGGCCAACGGGCUGCAGCUGGCAGGGCCGGGGGCAGACGGGGUGCAGGGGCUGCAGACUCUGACCAUGGCCAACGCCGGCGCCUCCCAGCCCGGGACCACCAUCCUGCAGUACGCCCAGACCUCGGACGGGCAGCAGAUCCUGGUGCCCAGCAACCAGGUGGUGGUGCAGACUGCCUCUGGGGACAUGCAGACCUACCAGAUCCGCACCACGCCCACCACCUCCUCCCUGCCCCAGACCGUGGUGAUGACCUCCCCUGUCACUCUGACGUCCCAGAGCAGCAAGACAGACGACCCACAGCUGAAACGAGAGAUCAGGCUGAUGAAGAACAGAGAAGCUGCCCGGGAGUGCCGUAGGAAGAAGAAGGAGUAUGUGAAAUGUUUGGAAAAUCGAGUGGCAGUCCUGGAAAAUCAGAACAAAACUCUAAUUGAAGAGCUAAAAACUUUGAAAGAUCUUUACUGUCAUAAAAGUGUAUUUCACAGCUCAAAGACUAUAGAUUUUCUUUACAACAUGUUGGUGACAAAGUACAAAGACGAAACAAGAAAACCUCACCAAAAUUCCUGCUGGCACAACUGGAAACUGCUAAAUUCAAGAUUGCAGCUACAGCAGAAGGACAGUCACGUGUGGCGAGGCAGGUGAUGAGAGUUUCUUUGAAAAUUCCUAUGAAUGCCUCUAAAAAGGGAGGCAAAAUUUGGUUACAAAAAAAAAACCAUAAAUGAAACAGAAUCCUUGCCAUAGCUGACAUUAUUAGUAACAUUUAUAACCAGUGUAUGUUUUGUUUUCUUACUCUUUUUCAAGCCUUUUUCCUUCAGUUAUUUGUCUGUAAAUAUUUUUAUUUUAACCUGUAAGGUGAUAUUUACAGGUGCAGGUGAGAAAAAAGCUGAUACUUUGCUCGAGGUAUAAAUUAUGUUUUUACUCUUUUCUCAGAUGACAAUUUAAAAAAUUGGGAUGAUUUUUUUUUUCCAUGUUUGCUGUGUUUAUCGCAUUGGGAAAGGAUCAGAAGGGGGCAAGAGGCCUGGUCCUGGAAAUGUCAGAGGCACAGAAAAUCGUGUUGAUUUUCUUAGAGAAUUCAACACAUCAGUGAUUUUAAAGCACAGUGUGAGGGACAAGGACUGGUGACAAAAGUUCUGAAGAAUUUCUGAGAUUAAACUUCUGAAAGUUUUUCGUUCUGCAAGAGUUUGUUCUUAGUUCUGGGCAUGAGAAACAUCGAUUUUUGAAAAUUAAAUUGAGCAUAUCUACAAUUAAACACUCAGUGCUUGUCCUGGCUGGGGAUUCUCCUGGGCUUUGGAACAUGAAACCAAAUAGAAGAAAAAUGAUGUAGUAAAAAAUGGAUGAUCUAUACCAAAGGGUUAUGAGGUUCUAAUCUCUGGUUUAUUGCUGGAAGUAGUGCAAAAUUACAAUUUCCAGCCUCACUUUGUAAGGUAGGAGCUCUUUUGUAAAGUAAUGGUAUCUUUGUAAGCAAAUUCUAUAUUGCAAACAGGGAGAUGGUUGGUAUAUUUUGUAGCUAAAUUGUGAUCUUUACAAAACCUGAAAUUGAGUUUCUAUACGUAUUUUGACAGUUUAUAUCUUUCAUUUUAGUAACCAAAUGAAAUAUUUUGUGAACCAGA